AUGAAUAAGGCAGCACGCAGUGUGCGUGUGUCAAUCUAUAACUCUUCGUCAAAGAAGUUGGUGCUAAAGUCACAUCCUUUGACAAGUGGACAGUGGAAGGUGCCUCCACCUGAUGUCAUCCUGCCUCUGGGUACAGUGGAGUUUGGUUCAGAGUCCACUGCAAUCCUCGGCAGCACAGAGGCUGGCUCCAUCUACACGGUCGAUGGCUCGUCCCUCGAGUUUGAGUUCUUCUGGAACAACCCAUACUUUGGCAAGCGUGGCUUCCGUCGUGUCGCCCCUCCCAACUUUGAGUGCGACUUCAAGGUCACCGAUCAGAACAACUGCACCCUAAGAUUCACCAUCAAGGAGUUGGACAAUGGAAUGAGAGAAAUUGAAGACAUUGAGAAGGAGAUAAAGACUUUGAACACAUUGAUCAAUGAGUCGGAUAUUGCUAUCAAGGGUAUGACAAAGAUGUUGCAGGUGUAUCAAACACAGAGCGACUCGAAGCAGACCAAGUUGGUAGAGUCUACACUCAAGGAGAAGACCAGACAUCUCGAUGAGAUGAAGAUGAAGCGUGAGUCGCUGCAGGCCGAGAUCGGAACGAUCAAGGAUCAAGAGUCCGACCCCAAGUUCAUGGAGCAGACGCUCACCAAGAUCAGGGAUGCCAUCGACAACAGUGUCAAGGGUCGCAAGGGCAUGGAGCACAUGCGCGAGGUCUACGAGAAGCAGAAGGACACAAAGUCGCUCGAGAGUCUCGACAAGCAGAUCGAGGUCAAGAAGAACGAGACAGAGGCACUGCGAAAGCGCGAACAAAAGGUCAUCCAGAAGAUCAUCGAGUGGAAGAAGGCCCACGGUAUUGGUGGCACGGGCGUCGUAGCCCCCGCCAAGAAGAAGGUACAGGCUUUGUACGACUACCAGAAGACCAGCGAGGACGAGCUGUCCAUCAAGACAGGCGACAUCAUUGAGGUCAUCCAGGAGGACAACCCCGAGUGGCUGGGCGGCUCUGUCAACGGACAGGUCGGCUACUUCCCACGCACCUUUGUCAAGUUCAUCGAGGACGCCCCGGCACCAGCACCCGCUGCCGUCGAGGCCCAAGUCACCGAGCAGGACUUUGCCGAGCUCUACCCCAAGGCCCGCGUCGUCUAUGCGCACGCCGCCGCCGACGAGGGUGAGCUGAACCUCAACGUUGGCGACACCAUUGCCGUGUACGCCUGGGAUGACGAGUACUGGUGGGAGGGAUUCGUUGGCGAGACCUCUGGUUACUUCCCCAACAACUGUGUCGAGUGGAUUGAGCCCGAGGCCGACACAUACGACGCAGCAGCCGACCCCAACGCAUACUCAUUCUACGAGACCAGCGGUGAGGUGGUCCCAGAGCCAGAGCCCCAGGCUCCAGCUCCAGUUGCUGUUGCACCAGUUCAACCAGCACCAGUCAAGGUUACACCCACCCCUGCUCCGGCUCCAGCCCCAGCCAAGGCUCCAACACCAGUGGCACCAGUCCAAAAGACUGCCGCCCCAGCCAAGAGAGAGCUCCCAAGCGCUCCAGCAGUCCACAAGCCUGCUCCAACACCAGUUGCACCAGUCCACACUCCAGCUCCAGCUCCAGUAGCACCAGUUCAUACUCCAGCUCCAGCUCCAGUUGCUGUUGCACCAACACCAGCUCCAGCACCAGUUGCUGUUGCACCAGUUGCGCCAGUUGCACAAGCACCUGUUGCCGCUGUAUCAACCCCAGCACCAUCCCAACCAGACACCAAGAAAUCACCAGCUCUGGCUCCACACCACGGUUCCUCCUCCUCAACAUCAUCAGGAUCCUUUGACAAGUUGCUCCAACCAUUAUUGGCAGAGUUCACCAAGCAACUGGUUGUCGCUCAUCAACAAGAAACAGAGGCACUGCAACAAAGAAUUGCUGCACUUGAGAGAGAAGUUAAGGAAUUGAAGGAGAAUAAGCCAUCAACUCCAGCUACGUCAUCACCAGUGGCUACAAGACCAACGAUCACAUCCACUGCAACAGUCAUUUCCAAGGCUGCUCCCAUUGUCAAAAAGUUGUAA